CACACUGGGUACGCAUCAUGUCACCGGCAAAGACAGGCGCAUCCCCUCCUGCUCCGACCACCUUUCUCGAUGGUGCGGCUUACACUGUCACCCAAACAGAGGAUUCUUUGACGAUUACAUUGCCAGUUCCCGACGAAUAUGACCCUAAACGCCGUGAGGGAGAUGUGGUUGAGAUACAAGAAAAUACCCUCUUAGUUAAGGUUCAAGGAGAGGAGACUCCUCGACUCUCUGGCUGGCUUUUUCAUCCCAUCAACAAGUUUGACUCGGUGUAUGACCUCCAAAGAGACGCAAGAACGGACUUGCGUCUCUUGAACCUAAACCUCACCAAAGCUGGUCCUUCCGACUCAUUCAUGCCUGCACCAACAUACCCUGUCCUUUUUUCAUCUGGUCUCAACACCCCUGCACCCAUGCCGAAAGAUGCAGCUUUGGACGAUAUGGACCCUCACUCGUUGUUCCUUCUGGCGGACUGGAUGCUCAAAAGACUAGCAAAGCCCGACCGUGCUUUGGCAUGGUACAGUAAAGCCGCAGAACGUGGCAGCAUCAUGGCGUGCUUGAAAUUGGGAGCAUGGUUUGAACUGGGUAAAGAUGCGCACAAGGAUAUACCUGUGGAACGCGAUCGUGCAAAGGCUUUCGAAUACCACCUGCGUGCGGCCGAUCUGGGACACCCGGAGGCCUGCUUAAUUGUGAGCGAAUGGUUUGCGCCGAUGAGUCAGGAUAUGCUGAUAAAGCUGCGACCUGGAGAAGAGGAGACUCAAAAUUUGGGCGUGCAAACCCAGGAAAAGGAUUUUGCCAAAGCGGUUAGCUAUCUGGAUCGGUUACGAGAUAUUGUCAUCCAGCACCGGGCGACACAAGCUCCCUCGACUCGUGAGCUAAUGGGAUUGGCAAUGUGGCGUGCUGGUGUCUUGUACGCCGAAGGCGGGAACGGUCUUCCUUCCUCUGCGGAAGGUAUUUCCCAGUCGUUUGCUUAUUUCUCUACAGCCGCACUGGACUACCGUCACCCGCGAGCUAUGUGGUCUCUAGCUCUAUACUAUAUAAAUGGAUUCGGCUGCGAUCAAAACAUCCCUCAAGGCGUCGAGCUGCUUAAAGAAGCUUUGGCCGCUGACCCAAAACUGGAUCUCCCCCCGCAAUUUCAGGGGCUCGAUGGCAUUGGCCUGGAUAUCUUAGUCGGAGUGGAGAAGGAAGCGAGAACGGUGAAUGGUGUCGAGCCGGGCAAAAUCUUGGAUGUGGAGAGUCUUGUCAACGCUGCUCGACGUGUGGUUGAAAAGGCGGGAGGCAAGGAAAAAGUGGAGGACACUGUAGAAAAGGCUUUGAAAGAGUUGGAACUUUCCGUUGUCAAGGUUAACAUGAUGGAAGAACCCGCUGGCACAAAGGCAGAAGCAAAGGUAGAGGAAAAAAUUCAUGUAGAAAAGUCUGCUAAACUGAAGAAAAGAAGAGUAUCAAAAGCGAAAGCGAAAGCCAAGUCCAGAACGCGGAACACUGGGUGGUCUGGUAUGGAGAUUGCUGUGGGAGUGGGUAUUGUCGCAGCUGUGGGGGCUGGGCUGUGGAUCUGGAUGCGGAGCUCAAAAGUCAAAGCUUGAGCCAUCCCGAACCUUUCCUUUCGCACACUUGUAUACACAUUAUUUAUUCAUGUCAGCAUUUUUUGCAUGUUCCAAUAUCAUUAAAACUUUUUGGAUCGAGGGUCAAUGUUUGUUAAAACACAUGCAAAAGCAACAGCGUCGCUGAGUUUACUAUUAAUAGAAACAGCCCGUUGAAAGGAAA